GAUGAAGAAUGUUCCUGAACCGCAGGAGCGUCAGUGAUUGGCUGAGAGCGCCGUCAGUCAUCGUGACGCGCCGGGCGCACCCAUCGGGCGCAUCUCUCACCCUCCCAUCACCCUCACUGGUCGGCUGGCAGGUUUCGAUGCAAAUACGCAGAAGGAGGCUCCGGUUCCCUGUUUCAUUUGUACCGAAAACAACCACAAACAGAAGAAUCAGUGAGUUAGUUUCAGAAGAUCAAAGUGUUGGCAAUGGAGAGGAGGAUUUGUACCUGGACUCUGCUGUCUCUGGCGACAGUGUUGUCAGGUGUUGGUGCCGUCAAGGUGGACAUCCCGAAGGACACAUACGAGCAUGCCAGGGGUGACAACAUCACGCUGCCCUGCACCUUUACACCCAAAGCUGGUACAACACCAUCCUUCGUCCUCAUCCAAUGGUUUGCUGAGGCAGAAAAAGUUGGCGCUAAAGAGAUCCUGAUCAUCUCAUAUUUUUCUAAUACUGAAAUCACUGACAUCAAAUCAUUGUAUGAAGGCCGGGUGUCCCUGGAUGUAGAUGUUGCCAAAGGAAAGGCCAACCUGAAACUGUCCUCCAUCACACUAUUAGACAACAAGGUGUUUCAGUGUCGUGUCACGAUUCCACUAGACGAUGAGGGCAAGCCGGCCGACACUGCGCGUCUGGUGGUUCUAGUGGCUCCAUCUACACCCGUCUGUAAAAUCGAGGGAAAGGCAGAGUACGGCCAGGACAUCAAGCUGACCUGUUUGUCUGCGGAAGGCUCCCCGACACCCACUUAUAAGUGGGACAUUCAAGACGUCAUGAAAAUGCCUCGUGCUCCACAACCCAGAACCACCGACAAGGGAGGCGUCAUGUCUCUAUUCAAUAUCACCAAGGAGACAUCGGGAUACUACACCUGCACCUCGAGCAACAAGAUCCGCUCUGCUAAAUGCAACAUCACCCUCUCAGUCAUGCCACCUUCCAUGAACCUUGGCUCCACUGCAGGAAUCAUCGGUGGAGUCGUUGCCUUGUUGGUCGUAGGUCUACUCAUCCUCAUCAUCUAUUGCUGCUGCUGCCGGAAGAAGAAGAAAGAUGAUGAAUACGCCAUGGGAGCUCGUGGGGAAGAGUACACUGACAAAGAGCCGGCUGGAAAUGGUGAGAGUCGCCGCGCCGAUGGAGAAGAGGACGCCGGGGGUUAUGAAGACUCCAGUGUGAGGAGACCUACUGAACACAGCGAGUACGAGAACCGCAGGGAUAACAGCGAUCGCCGCAGUGACUACGACGACCCCCGCAGCGACUACGACGAUCGCCGCAGCGAUUACGACGACCGCCGCAGCGACUAUGAUGACCGCCGUGAGAGGCCGAGUGACCGCAAUGAGCGCUACGAUGACAACCGCCGCUACGAUGAUGACCGUCGCUACGAUGACGAGCGCCGCUACGAUGACCGCAGAGACCGCCGUAAUGAUGAUGACAACCGCGAUGAUGAGCCCUACGAUGAUCGUGAUCGUGACAGACCGCCUCUGCCAGCCAAUAAGCCACCAAGGAAGGACUAUGACGUCUAAACCUCCAACUUGUAUCAACCACCGUCUUCCAUCUUCUGCUUUGUCUCCAUUGGCUUGACUUUGCUCAAAUGGCAGCCAGUUACCUCACACUCAAGGUGUGACCUGAUUGGCUCAAACAACAUUUUUGCCUCCAUGGAUCUUGUUGUGACAUAAUUGGCUCAAAUACCACAACUAUACUAGAAUAAGAGGAUAAUGCAUAAUGUUGUUUUUCUAGAACAAUUUAGCGAGUCAAGUUGUUUGUCCAAGGGUUAGUUGAGAAAGGUCAGGGAACGUAAAAUGGCGGCCACAAAGCCCAUCUGAUCUGUUUUAAACAAAGAGUGGGCGGGGUCAACAUGUACAAACUCAGGUAUAAACACUGCCCAGGGCAAGAUCUGUAUCUUUGUUGUGUACCAAACUCACGUCACACAAAUAUUAGGAACUGGACAAACAUUUCACAGAUGCCCCAGAGAGAAAAAAACAUUUUUUUAGAGAGCUGUGUGAUCCAGAAAUUAGGAGUAUUUUGGAAUUUAUACGUUAUUUUUACAUAGUUAUUCAUAAAAACAUUUUUAAAUUUAAAUUUAAUAAAUAAAAAGGCAAAGCAUUCGGAUAGUGAUUUGGAGGUCGAACACCACGGCAAUGGUCAAAUUAGGAGUAUUUUAAGUUUUAAACUCAACAUGCAUGGCCUUGUUAUGUCUGUCUGUGGCUUCUGCCGUUGGGUGUAACUGGUGGUAGUUUUAUUUUUUUAAGGAAGCUACCUCCACACUAAAGAAAAGGGCUUCAGUUUUGUGUCAUUCUUUACGUUUCAUAGAACUAUUUCUGUUCAUUUGGUUAGUUACUGUCUAUCCUUGUGUAGAAACAGAAAUUUAGACAGUUUUAAUAUCCUAUCUAUUUUGUGCUUUCGGUUUUUUUUUUUUUACCAUAACAUUAUAGGAAAUAGAACUAGAACUUCCUCUGAUUGUUGGGAUUGGUAAUGUCAUCACAGACCUUUCAGGUUAUAGUUUUAAGAUCACAAAUGAAAAUCACGAUUUGAAUACGUCUAAGCUUUGAACAUAUGCAGUAUAUAACCUUCUUUUGCCAUGCCAACUUCAAUGUUUUUAUUUUGUUGAAUUAUUUUAUAGAGAGAUUUCUGUUGAAAUGCAAUGAAAUAUGACAAUGUACAUUACAAAUGCUAUUAUUUUAUAUCCACAAUGGUAAUGUUACCAGUUUUACUAUGGGAUUUGUGUUGUGAAACAUUGUGACAUGCAGUACAUUCAUGAAAUAUGCUGUAAAAUAAAGCUGAAAUAAAAUGAACCAAACAA